AUGCAUGGAGGAGGGUACAGCUUACAUGGAUGUGGUUAUGAGAAGGAUGCUACUGGAACUCAAGUUAUUGAACAUUUAUUAAAAAUCAUGAAUUACAACUUUUACACAUGCAGAUUAGGUACCAAAUAUCAAUUUAUGACUCUAGGGAAAGAAGAAGGAAUUCACAACGUACUUUUAAUAGAUGAAGAAGUUCAUGUUGCAAGGCAAAGAGAGAGAAAUCAUCUUGAAGCUAAAAGAACAAGGACGCCUAUUAUAAUCGCUAGAACAUUUCGACGAAUAAUAGAGAUUACGAGACUAAGAGCUUGA